AUGGCAACCACAGCCUUACUAUCCAUGUCAUCAUUCCUGCCGUCUCUGGAUUCUGUCGCCACCACAUUGGUGUCUCAUUACCUUGUCACCAUCUCCCUCACCUUUGCUCUUGGAUAUGUAGUGUAUCAGCGUUUCUUUGCACCUUUGGCUGGAGUGCCCGGACCAUUCUGGGCGAGUUUAGGGAAGGGAUGGUUGAUUGUGAGGGCGAAGAAGGGAGACCUACAUAGAGAGUUGAUACGAUUGCAUGAGUUGCAUGGACCGUUAGUGAGGGUUGCUCCCAAGGAAUUGAGCGUAGCAGAUCUCGAUGGGGUAAAAAUGAUAUAUGGCGCUGGUUCUCAGUUCCACAAAUCAGACUGGUAUUCCGUCCUCAAAGGCCACCGCACCUUCGACCCAUUUGCCGAACAGGACCCUCACGUCCACGCCGCCCAGAAGAAACUAGUCAUUCGCCCUUACGCCAUGGAAACACUCAAGGAUCUCGAACCCUACGUCGACUCGACAAUCUACCAUUUCAUCAACCGCAUGCGCGAGAAGAUGACAUCGCAAAUCGAUCUCGGCAAAUGGUUUCAAUUGUUUGCUUUCGAUGUCAUUGGCGAGAUUACGUUUUCCAAGCGCUUCGGAUUCAUGGAUACCGAGCAUGAUGACGGGAGUCUGAAAUCUGUCGAGAGUACUUUGGCUUCUGCAUCUUGGUUGGGUCAUGUGCCAUGGGUGUUUUGGACUCAUGAUUUCUUGAAGCCGUAUAUUGGGAAUUGGCUGGGCGUCACCAACCGUACUGGCAGUCUCAUGCAACGCGCACUUAAAGAAGUGGAAGAGAGAAAAAUACGCGGCACUGACCGCAACGACAUCUUGGAAAAGUUCUUUCGCCUGCAGAGGGAGAAACCGGAUCAAGUUACUGAUGUAGCCGUUAUCAGUAUGGCUGCUGCUAACAUUACUGCCGGCUCGGACACCACAGCGAUCUCGUUGCGCAGCAUCAUUUACCAUCUCUUGCAGAACCCUCAACAUCUGGCUACCCUGCGCGAGGAACUCGAGCAAGCGAAAAGGGAACACAGAUUGAGCGAUCCAGUCACCAUGGAAGAAGCAGACCGCCUCCCCUUCCUCCAAGCCACCAUCCUCGAAGGCCUACGCAUCCACCCCGCCAUCGGAGGCCUCCUACCCCGUCGCGUUCCCCACGGCGGCUGCGUAAUCGCCAAUCGCUAUAUCCCCGCCGGCCAUGUGGUUGGCGCAUGUGCUUGGGUAAUCAACCGCAAUACCUCAGUCUUUGGCCACGAUGCUGCAGAUUUUAACCCCCAUCGCUGGAUCAAAGGCAACAAGGCCGAAAUGCAGAGAUAUUUCCUCACGUUUGGCGGCGCGUCUCGCAUGUGUUUUGGCAAGAACAUUGCGUUUAUGGAGAUGACCAAGAUGGUGCCAACGUUUUUCAGGCAUUUUGAUGUUGCGUUGACGGAUCCGCAGAGGCCGUUGACAGAGAAGAAUUUCUUUUUCGUUAUCCAGGAGGGACUUGUCGUUAACCUUCAACCUAGAGAUGAGAAGUCAGAAGAACAACAGGCUAAUGGAGGUGCUGGAAAGGAGAGUAAUGGAUACUAG